AUGGCCGACGACGCCUCCGGCGCCAGCGGGGCCGCCGCCGCGGCGCCCGACGCCGCCAACGCCGGGGGCGGCAACGCCUCGGGCGGCACCGAGGAGCUGUGGUGGGCGGAGCGCGUGCUGUGCGAAGUGCAGGCCGAGCACCCGGGCGAGCUGGUGCGCACCGGCAGCCCCUACUUCCUGUGCUCCGCGCUGCCCACGCACUGGCGCUCCAACAAGACGCUGCCCGUCGCCUUCAAGGUGGUGGCCCUGGGCGACGUGCUCGACGGCACCUUGGUGACGGUGCGCGCGGGCAACGACGAGAACUUUUGCGCAGAGUUGAGGAACAGCACCGCCGUCAUGAAGAACCAGGUGGCCAAGUUCAACGACCUGCGCUUCGUCGGCCGCAGCGGCAGAGACAAAACUCAAGUCCAGCACAAGUACAUUGUGAUUGCAAGUGUGAAGGAAUGUGAUCCUGCGGUGCGGUGGCUGAGCUCGCCGUGGCCGCUCAUCAGCAAAGAACACGGCGAACUUCCAAACAAAAAUCGCAAUAUCUCAUCUUGGGAAGCAGAUUACAUACGGUGCAAACUUAAACCGGCCGAACGAGGAAGUCAGCAGAUCGAUUUCGCAUCGGUAGUGCGGACUGCCAACCUGCAUGCCAUCGCCCAAACCACAGCCAGAGCCACCGCCCUGCCAGUCGUCUCCACCGCUGCCGCGACCACCGCCACCGCCGACGUCACCACCAUCGCUGCCCCGACCGCGCCGCCACCGUUACCAUUGUUACAAUUGCCACUGCCGUCCACGCCACCACCACCACUGCUGCCGACUCCGCCACCGCCACCACCAUGGAUGUCGCCAUCGUUCCCACCUCUCCCACAGCCUCCAACCCCUGCUAACACCAAACCUACUGCCGCCAAUAUCAUCACCACCACAAGUACCACCUCCAUCACCUCCAUCGGUUGCUAUCGCCGCCUACCACUCUAUCUUUACCAUCACUAUCAAAACAACCGUCGCCACUCCCACAGCCUCCAACUCAACCGCAUCCUUCUCUAUUACUGUCACCGCAUCUAUCUCCAUCACUGCCACCACCACUUCCACCACCACGAGCACUACCACCUCAGCCCCCACAGCUGUCAACCCCACCACCUCCACCAUCACCAUCAUAACCACCAUCGGCUUCUCAUGGCCCCAAAUCGCCACCACUCCUUCCACGCCACUACAUCUCCCACCACAGCUAUUCUCACCCCAACAAUCACCACCACCAGCGCCCCUACAGCUGUUAACGGCUUCAUCUCUACCAUCACCAUUAUAACCACCGUCGCCAUUCUCAUCGCCACCACCGUAUCUACUCCCAACACCACCUCCACCAUCGCCACCCACAGCUAUUCUCGCCCCCACCGUCACCACCACCACCGUCACCACCGGCCGUUCAGUGACCGCAAACCAGCCGCCCGCCCUGGGCGCCCGUCCAAGGCUAGUGCUGCCUCUGGGCCCUCGCCUCCGCUCGGCCGUUCUUUUGGUCGCGUUGCCGCGUUUAGCCCUCUUCUACAAACAACCCGACUCGAUUGA